AUGUCCCUACAAGCUUGGGAGGGGAUGGAUGAGGACCUGGUGAGCAUGGACCACGCCUACAUCACCAGCCUCUACCAGUUUGAUAGUGAGUGUACGACAGAGGAAUGCCUGACGGCCGAAGCUGACUCAAGCCUGAACCACUAUCCCAACAGCUUCUUGUCCUCAGAGGAGCCUGCUGACCUGCCUCAUGUCGUAGCCUGCAAGUUCAUCAUCUCUCUAGCCUUCCCAGCCAAUUUUGGUUAUAAAGGAGAGAAUCCAUCUUUGAUUGAAAAAGACCAAAAACAGAAUAAAGCAGAGAAAGUUCCUACAAGGGUCCGACGUUUGUACCACAUUGAAUAUUACCUUCUGCCUGAUGACAAAGAACCUAGAAAGGUUGACCUGGUGGUGUUUCCAGCUGUGACCAAAGUGUUCCUGGAGACCAGUGUAAAGACCGUGAAGCCAUGGAUCGAAGGGGACAAAAUCUGGGUGUCAUGGACCCAAACAUUUACCAUCAGUGUGACAAAGGAGUUACUAAAGAAGAUAAGCUUUCAUAAAGUCAGCUUGAAGCUCUGGACCACGAAGGACAAAGUUUCAAAAAAAGCCCGGUAUUUUCGACUAAAGGCUGUCAGAUAUUCAGAAGAUGCUGAAAGUUUUGGUAAGUAAGAGGAAGUGAAGCAAAUUAUUUUAAACCAAAGAAGAUUGUCUGAAAAGGGCUUUUCCAAAAGCAGCAUUACCAGAGAAGAAUGGCACCAGGAGCACUCAUCAGCAAAACAAGAAAAAGCAGAAAAAUACUCCAAAAGUUUUCAGGCACUAGAAAUAACAACUAAGAACUGCAAGGACAAGGAAAUGUCCCACAAAAUUAAUGAUUGUGCCAUGCAACAACAACAAUAUUUCAAGAAGGCCAAUGCUUCAUUAGGAGGAAUAACCAUGGUGAAGAACAAGGAAUUAAUCGACAGACCAUCAUUUGGUAGUUUAACAAGCAUGUUAGAAAAGGAAAGACCUAAAAGUAAACUGAAAGAGUCUGAUGGGAAGAAGAGAAUCCUGAGGAGAGACAAGCAGUCACGGAUAGAAGAAGAAAUAGACUCCAAGUUGAUGGCCGCAGGGAAGCUGGGCGUCUUCUCCACCGAGCUGCCCAUCAUUUCUCUCCUUGCAGGUAACCAAUCCUGA